GUCACACAUCACCCACACCCCCGAUCUGCUGAAUGGAAGAAGGGAAAACACAGCUCAAGUACCGAGAAAGUAUCGCGAGAGCUCCCCAGGAGAGGCUACAAACACUAUUCUUCUUCUUCUUCUCCUCCAGAGAAAUGUGCUGUAAUUGGCUGCAAACGAGAUCUGGCGAUGAAACUGAAUGAAGGUUGAAGGUUGUUGACCUCAGAUGUGGCAGGUUAAAUAAAAAGAGCAAAUAUAAACCUCGAGAAGGCAAAAGUCAAUUUAAACUGCUGAGAAAGCAGCCGUGAAUAUGGCAGCGACAGUGAAACCAUUUACCCCUGUAACUGGUGUGGAGAUUGAACCUCCUCCUGAAACUCUGAAAGUAGAAUUCCAAACCCUUUUGACAUCAGAAGCAAUCCAGUUCCUUGCAGAAUUGGUUUCUACUUUUAAUGAAGAUGUCGAGGAGAUAUUUCAGCUGAGAAUAGUUAAAAAGCUGGGCUUGGAUCGUCUUGGUGGACUUCCUGAAUUUUUGCCUCAUACAUCACACAUCCGAGAGGACCAAUCCUGGAAAGUUCAGCCUGUCCCACGGAGAUUGGUGAACAGGCACGUAGACCUUGGGGAUGUGUCUCCAGCCAAUACUGAAUGUUUCCUCAAGGCCUUGUGCUCCACUGCACAGGGCAUUCAGACAGAUUUUGAUGAUGGUCACUGUCCCACCUAUUUUAAUCAACUCCAAGGACUUUUCAAUGUUUACAAGGCAGUUCAUAACCAGUUUCCAGAUAUACCACCUAUCUCAAGGGUUCCCAUUCUAAUGCUAAGACCAAGAGCUUGGAACAUGGUUGAACACAACUUGAUGAUUAAUGGACGGGAAGUCCCCGGGCCUCUGUUUGAUUUUGGACUACUGAUGUACCACUGUGGACGAAUCUUGUUUGAAAAUGAAUGUGGUCCUUUCUUUUAUCUGUCAAAGGUUGAAAGUCAUCUGGAGGCCAGAUUGUGGAAUAGGAUCUUUGUUUGGGCUCAAAAGAAGUUGGGUUUACCAAUUGGUUCCAUCAAAGCCACAGUCUUAAUAGAAAACAUCUUAGCUGCAUUUGAGAUGGAAGAAAUCCUCUAUGAGCUGCGAGACCAUUCUGCUGGACUGAACUGUGGAAUCUGGGAUUACUCAGCCUCUUUUGUAAACAAAAUGGGACAUCGGCAGGAAUUCCUGUUACCAGAUCGCAGUAAAUAUGUGAAUAUGGAGAAAAUGUUUUUGAAGAGCUACAUGGAUCUUCUAGUAAAGACCUGUCACAAACGAGGUGCUUUGGCCACCGGAGGUAUGGCAGCUCAGUUACUGCCUCGGGAUAAGGAAAGCCCAGAAUAUCAGAGAAUCUUGGCAAAUGUUACUCGUUUGAAACUACUUGAAAUCAAUGCUGGAGUUGAUGGAUUCAUGGUGUUUGAUCUGGACUUGGUUGAACCAAUGACAAAGUUAUUCCUAAAGCAUACAAAUGGACCUAACCAGCUACACAUCCUGAGAGAAGAUGUGAAUGUGACUGCAAGUGAUCUGCUGACUGUGCCUUCUGGUGGAGUAACCUUGAAUGGAUUAAAGUACAACAUUGGUGUUGGAAUUCUCUUCAUAGAAGUAUGGCUAAGAGGUCAAGGUCAUUUUUACUUUCGGGGGCAAGUGGAAGAUUCAGCUACUGCUGAGAUUUCACGAUCACAGGUUUGGCAGUGGAUUCGGCAUGGAGUGAAGUUGGAGGAUGAUGAUAGAAUUGUCACCAGAAACCUUGUCCAAACUCUUGUAAAGGAAAUAGAAACAGAGUUACAGGAUGUUUUAUAUCACUGCACUGACAGCUCGAAAUGGCAACUGGCAGUGGCUUCCGAAAUAUUUCUUGAAAUUGUCCAGAAGCGAGAUUUUCCAGAAUUCCUAACUACCUAUUUGAACUUGGAACAUACAUUUUUAAGUGCCAAUCAUUAACUGCAUAGAACAUUGCAAAGAAACUAAUUUCAGUAAAGUUUCAUUUAAAAGCCAAUGGCCACAAACCACAGGUAAUUAUAUCAAUCAGAAUUUUAAGAACGAAUUAAAUAUUUCAGGAUUACCACAUUUUGAGGGGCAGUAUUGUCUUUAUAUUCAUCAUAAAAGCAAGCCUUUCUCUGAAGUUGGCACUCGUAUACUGAGGCUCUAAUCAAUUUCCACUGCUGCAGAAUUCAUUACCUCAGUACUUGCACCAUAAUUAACAAAAUUAUAAAUUAGGAAUAAAAACAAAAAUACCUGAAAUGCACAGCAAAUUUAACAGUAUUUGAAGAGACCUUAAUCUUCUGGUGUAAAUACAUUAUGGCUGUAUUCUACUCCAUUUCAACACUACAAUUUCAGACUAGCUGCUCAAGUUUCCUUUACCAUCGUUGCUGAACUGUGGAAUCAAAUUAUUUGAUUCUGAAGAAAAGCAUUAUUUACCAGAAAAGCAAGUCAAGGCCAACGGUAUACAUCUUAUACUUUCUUGUAAAAGAAAAUCACUUAAAUGACUGUCCAGUGAAUAAUCUUACACAACUAAAUUGAAGAUUAUGUUUAAGCAGAAAAUUCAUAUUCCAGUUCAUAUGAACGUUUAAUAAACAGCCUGCAAAACCAGGUUAGAGAACAUCACAUCAUCUUAAACAUAGUCUUUAAGAUAAGUAUGGUCCUCCCACGAAUUAUUUUUCCCUCAAAAUAACCCAAUGGUUUCAUGUAUUCUCGAAGUUACUAGUUAUUACAAUUCUUUUGAAAAGUACUUUCACCUACUCCAUGACAAGGACACAAGCCAUUUUCGUUUGAGGCUUAAGGCAUCAGGAAAUCCUUAGGACUAGUUUUCACCAACAUGCUUAGGAAACAAUGUGCUUGAUGCAGUCACCUAACACUACUUUCCACUUUAUCAUUGCUACGUUUGCUCAGACUGUGAAAAUUUUAGACUGCAUGCUUAGCAGUUGGUUGAAAUUAAGCUUUUAAAAAGCCAGAACAUAUUACUAGAGUAGCAGGUAAUUGCUUUUUGUGUUUUCUUUAAAGCAUACGACUUUACAGGAAGUUAUUUACAUUGUAGAAUUAAGAAAUUUAGCUGAACAUUAAUUAUUAACUGGGAAAUGGUUUAAUUAGAAAAUAAAUAAAGAUUUUCAACAAUGAUAUUGUUAAAUUGCAAAGAAAUAUCUUAAAUCCAAGCAAAAAUAGUUUCUUCUCCCCACCUCAUGUGAUAGUCACAGCCUCUCCAAGUGAGUGAACUCUGGACAUUUGAUAGGACAAUGGAAAAAGAACAAAAUUGUGCCAUCUUGUUACUAAUUACAGUAUUAUUACUAACCUACUGGAUUAAAUAACAUUUUCGACUGCCUAUUACUUGACCUGUUCAUAAUUUGUGCAAACGGGUCUUCCCACUAAGGAAAAGUGCUUGUAUUCAUUCAGCU